AUGGGCACCAUUCCCGGCAACGUGAGGGAGAACCUAAUGGAGGUGUUCUACGGCAUUUACAGGCGCGUGGACCCCGGGAUGGGCAGGGGCUGGGGGAAGGACACUGGUCAGGUGGUGGACGCUCUGACAGAGCUCGGGGUCAUCAGGGCCACAGGGGACAGGCUGUCUGUGCGCCGCGCCAUCGCGUUCUUCCUGGAGAACCUCCAGCGCCAGCUGGAGCGCGAGGAGACGCUCGGGGCCAUUGGCGAGGACCUCUUCGCCAUCGCCCUGGACAGCCCAUUCAGGUUCCCGGCGACGUUCACGUUUGUGCUGCGCGCGUUCUCCACCCUGGAGGGCAUCGGCAAGACCCUGGUGCCCACCUACAGGUUUUCGGAGGUCGCGCAGCCCUACGCUACGGAGCUGCUGCAGCUGCAGGACGCCUCCGGCCGCAACGAUUUUGUUCUUGCCCAGCUGCAGCAGCAGGCAACCGAGCUCGGCCAGGCCGCCGCCGCCAUGCCCACCCGUGUCGCCGCUAUCAGCGACACCAUCGACCAGAUCACGGCCGGAGAUCUGAAGCUGCGGGUUCGCGAUCUGGAAGGCGAGCGGGCGGCGCGGCGCGCCGGCAUAAUGCAGUCCGUCACGCUGCAGACCGUGGCGGGGCUGGGGGUGAUGAACGUAGGGGUGCAGCUGUCGCUGGCCGGCAGGGACGGGCCGGGCGCGGCGGUGUUUGCGGUCGCGGGCGUGUUUGGCGUGCUUGCGCUGCUGGGGCUGCGGCGGGUGCAGCGGCUGGACAAGUUUGAGAAGGACCUGCGGCAGGGGCGGUGA